UUUACCCCAUCUUCCUUCCCAUAUGCAGCAUAAGCUUUUCAUUGUUUCCCCUUUGUUCAUGCAAAAUGGUCACUAAGCCAAACAUAAUACCAGGCUUCCUCUUCUGCCAUCUCUUGUUCCUUCUUUGUGUAGUUCAUUACUGCUCUUCUCAAAAGACCUGCCCGGAAUGUGGCUCCAUAAAAGUCCCAUAUCCCCUGAGCACAAACCCCGACUGUGGUGACCCCGACUACUCUCUCCAUUGUGACCCUUCCUCUAAGAAACUCUAUGUUGAUGCCCUCAAUGGAAGUUAUUAUCUUGUGCUUCAAAUCAUGGCUCUGAAUCAACGCAUGCUGGUACAACCAUCCCCAUGGCUGCCUGACAAAUGUGUUACUCAAGACAUGGUGGUGAGUGAGGGCCUCUGGUUGAAUCAGUCACUUCCUUUCAACAUCACUUCGUCGAACACUAUCUUCCUCUUUAACUGCUCUCCACGGCUCUUGGUUUCUCCUCUUAAUUGCACUCCAUCUAGCCUUUGUCACCGCUACUUGGAAAGCUCAGGACAUGUUGACACAAACCGAGCACUUCAGUGUGCAGGCAAGCUUAAGCUUUGCUGCACUUUUGUUGCUGGUGGGACGCCUUCAGCCUACAAAAUACGGCUUCACAGUUCAGGUUGUAAAGCCUUUAGAAGCAUCCUUCAUUUGGAUAUAAACCAGCCUGCAAACCAAUGGGAAGAGGGAUUGGAAAUUCAGUGGGCUCCUCCACUUGAACCAAUUUGUAGAACACAGCUUGACUGCUCUCAAGCUUCCAAAUGUUCACCUACUGGUUCCAAUGGCCUCUCUCGCUGCCUUUGCAAUAGGGGCUACUAUUGGGACCAUGUUCUUGGAACAUGCUCAAGGAAGAAGAGGAACACGAAAGCCGGUCUGCGUUUAAAGGUCUCAGUAGGGGUAAUCUCUUUUUUCCUCGUGGCUGUAGUUAUAGUGAUAAUUACAGUGAAAAGGUCCUGCAAAUUCUCUGAGCAGGAAAAGCUUACCAAGGCAAGAGAAGACAUGUUGAAGAACAAUGACGGGAAAUCGGCUAGAAUGUUUCACUUAAAAGAUGUGAAGAAAGCCACUAAAGGUUUCUCUAGAGACAGGGUUUUAGGGAGUGGUGGGUUUGGAGAAGUCUACAAAGGAGAGCUUGAAGAUGGGACUGUGGUGGCUGUCAAGUCAGCUAAAGUGGGCAACAUCAAGAGCACAGAACAAGUACUAAAUGAAGUUGGGAUACUUUCCCAAGUCAACCACAAAAAUCUGGUCAGACUCUUGGGUUAUUGUGUGGAAGCUGCGCAGCCGUUGAUGCUCUAUGAGUACAUAUCAAAUGGGACACUCAGUGACCAUUUACAUGGUAAAUUUUCCACCUUUCUUGACUGGAAAACUAGGCUCAGAAUUGCCCUACAAACAGCUGAAGCAUUGACUUAUUUACACUCUGCUGCUCAUACUCCCAUCUACCAUAGAGAUGUCAAGUCAACUAAUAUACUACUUGAUGACAAUUUCAACGCCAAAGUUGCCGAUUUCGGGCUCUCCAGGUUGGCUUGUCCAGGGUUGAGCCAUGUCUCAACAUGUGCUCAAGGAACAUUAGGGUACUUAGACCCCGAAUAUUAUCGCAACUACCAGUUAACUGAUAAGAGUGAUGUUUAUAGUUAUGGGGUUGUGUUGCUUGAGCUUUUAACAUCACAGAAAGCCAUUGAUUUCUCGCGUGAUCAAGACGACGUGAAUUUAGCCAUUUAUGUGAGUGUAAGAGCUAACAAUGGUGCAAUUAUGGAAGUUGUGGAUCAGCGGCUGUUUAGCAAGGAGCCUGCAGGGAAUAUAUUAGCAAGCAUAAAGCUUUUCUUAGAGCUCGGACUUGCCUGUCUGAGGGAAAAGAAGGGGGAUAGGCCAGCCAUGAAGGAUGUUGUUCAAGAACUCCACUGCAUAAUUCAAGUUUUAGAUCAUGAAGUGGUUCAAAACUAAUGAGAUUAGCUUUGUUGAAACUAUAUGAAUUUACUGUACUAUUAAUGUAACCGAAAAAUAAAAUGUAUUGUACUAUUACUGGAGUGUGGAAAUGUUCUCCUACAGGACUCUGUAACAUGCUAUUUCGUUAGAU